AUGAAGAAACACGCGUGCGAGUAUCCUGGCUGCGACAAGGCCUUCACUCGGGCUGAGCACCUGCGGCGACACUCUCUGAACCAUGAAACCGCGAACAACGGAUACACCUGCCAGCGAUGCUUCACGCAUUUCUCCCGUCCAGACCUGCUGAGCCGCCAUAUGAGCCGACACGCGCAGAAAGACAGAGAGGCCGGGGGAGCCGGCAAAGGCGUGCUCGAGACGAGGAAGAGAAUGCGGCGGGCUGACGAUGGCUCGAUUAUCGUGCGGCCGCCCAAGAGACAGUCCCAGUCUCGCCAGAAGGCCCUGUCCUCGUCGCUGUCCGUGGGGAGCUCGCCGAGUCGUCCUGAGGGCGCCCCGGUGUCCCCCCCUGGGUCAGCGGGAGAUCCGGUCUCGACGUCGACAAUGUCCAUCGGCGAGACUGAGCUCACGGACCCUGAUCCGUUGCUGGCGCCGAUGAUGCCUGGUCCGUUUGAGCCGUAUGUCGAGCCGAUUCCAGGGCAGUUCGACGCUGCUGAUGGCUCGUGGAGCACUGGGUUUGAGACGGAUAUGUUCAUGAAUGACACUGUAACCGAUUUCAAUCUCCCUUUUGCGGCAACCGGCAAUUACAACUGGCUGUUCGAUGUGGCCUCGCUUGACGACGCUUUUCACCAUCUGGAGCUGCCUCUUGGCCCUGAUCUCGUACCGUUCACCGAUCCGAUCGACCUUCCAGACCCAAUGGCAGACCUGAAUCUGGACCUGGAUUUGAACCUCUCUGCUUUUGACCAAGACGGAUCUUCCGUGCUGCUCCAGGCUGCCUCCUUUGUGGAGCGAUCCGGCCCAGAGCGGCGCGAGUUGCCAGACCUGGACUGGAUGGGCGGACCGACCCUGGACAACAUCCCACUGCAGCCCCAGCUCGACGACGACGCUCGCAGAGGCAUUCUGACAUUAAUUGCACAGAGUCCGCCGGUAGAUAUCCACGGCCAGCCUCUCAACCUCGACUCGCCACUGCUCUCGCUAUCCGCGCUGCAAAACUACAGCGACCUCUUCUUCUCCCGCUUCAACACCACAUACCCUCUCAUCCACACCGCAACAUUCGACCCAAACACCAUCGAGCCCGUCUUCCUCGCUGCAAUCCUCUCCAUGGGCGCCACCUACAGCAGCCGCGAAGCCCACCAGCUCGCCGUCGGCAUCCACGACGCCCUGCGCAACCAGCUCUUCUGCCACGGCGCCUUCUCCCCACAGCCGGAUCUCUGGGUUCUCCAAGCGAUGCUGCUAAUUGACUGCUUCGGCAAGAUGCGCGCAGGGCCGAAGCAGCGCGAAAACGCCCAGCUGUUCCACUGCGUCCUGAUCAAGCUCAUCCGGCGGUCAACGUGCACUUCAAUCCGCAAUACAAACCCCAUACCGACCCUCGAAACACCGUCCUCUGAACGAGACGAUGCGUGGAAAUCGGCUAUGGACAGCGAACAGCGCAAGCGUCUCGCCUUUCAAUGCUUCAUGUGGGAUACCGAACACUCCGUCCUCUUCUCGCAGUCGCUGUGCAUGUCUGCCUUUGAAAUCCGCUCUUCCCUCCCCUGCUCUGCUGCUGCUUGGGAAGCACACACGGCCGAGGAAUGGUCUCGUCAUGCGGCUAGAGAUACAGAGCAUAGCUUCCUCCCUGUGUUGAAGGGGUAUAUCACACCCGGGGCUGUGCCUAGACCCCGAGAUCUAAAUGGUCUCUCCCGUCUUGUCGUCUUGCACGGUCUCAUGUCUAUAAGCGCGGAUCUGAAGCGGCGCGAUCAGACGACGCUGCGCUCGGAAACGCCUGAGCGGAUGGGCGCGUGGACACCGAGGGUCGGCCGGGCGUAUGAUCUCUGGAAAGCGGAUUUCGACGCAGACUGCCUCACCAUGAAGCUGGGUUCGGGAUUGGGAUCGGGAUCGCAAGCACCAGCAGACGAGUGUAAGCGCUUCGCAUCUCUAAAACCAGCCGCGAUGGCGCUCUACCGCGCUGCAUCGCUGGCGCUGCAUGUGGAAGUCCUCGAUCUCCAAAUCGCCGCCGGGGCGUGCCAGAUUCUAGGACGGGUGGUUACACCUAGUGACCGUGAUCGUUCACGCGGGAUUCUCUCGCGGUGGCUCUCUGGUCCCGGAUCGGAGUGUACGUCUGCGUCUCGGCAUGCGGCGUUUCUUUUACACGAUGCGGUGCUGAGUCUGCAUGACUGGGAGCAGACGGAUGCGUUUCAUUUCCCGUGGUGUCUGUAUCUGGCGACGCUGACGGUGUGGGCGUUCCAUACGGGGAUGGGGAUGGAGAUGCGGGAUGAUGGGGUGCAGAUGCAGGCGAGGCCCAGACCGACGGAUCUGUCGUCGCUGAUUGUGGCCAUGACGACGUCGAAUGGGGGCGAGUUGGCGGCGUUGGCCGGGGAGUAUGAUACCAGGCCGUUGGUUAGGGCUAUGGCGCAGCAGUUGGCGACGGUGAGGUGGGCGAUGGUGCAUGAUGCGAUGAAGGUGCUGGUUGGGUUGGGUGUUUAG